AUCCGCGAGCCGAGCAUCUGGUGAUUUCACGUUAGUUACAUUUCUGAUUUAGUUUUUUCUUAAAAUGUGUUGAUUCAAGGAUUUGUGAGUUCUCACACCACGUCGUGUUGUUAAAGUUAAUAAUAUCAUCCCCACGGACAUGGCUAAACGCAUAGAAUGAUGAUGAUCGGUCGGCAAUACGCAAGUUUUGUUCAGUUUAGGCACUCACAUCCACGCUUUUGACUUCAGAUUUUCUCGCGAAUCUGCCAUUCGCGAUGGGUAAGAAGAAAGGAAGAGACAGAAGUUCCAAGGAGGAGAACAUCAUCGAUUUGACAGGCCCAUCCUGUUCCCACAUCCGCAAGGGAAUAGACCACAUCUUGUUCAAGAAGACCUCGCCAGAGGUCGACUGGAGCUCGUGUCAAGACUGCCAGGAGGCACCCAGCACCAAUUCUGAAGAUGGCAUGAGCACAGAGCCACAAGUCAUAUGGAUGUGCCUCAAGUGUGGACACAGGGGCUGUGGGAGAUACUCUGAAGACCAACAUGCAGUGAAGCACUAUGACAAGCCUCGUUCAGAUCCCCAUUGCCUGGUGCUAAAUUUAGACAACUGGAGUGUAUGGUGUUACAUCUGCGACGACAGUGUGCAGUUCUCAAGUACAGGGCAGCUCGCACAGCUGGUCACAAACCUCAAAAAGCAAGCAGGGGCAGUCGACGGAAAAAAGGGCUCCAAAACAAGGGCACCUGCAGAAGAGCAUAGUCCCAGAUGUAACGGUCCUAAGGUGGAGAAAGAAGCCAACAAUGUGGUGGAUGAAGAGGAGGAAGACAAGGAGAACAAGGGCAGCGGAAAGAAAAGAAAUGCAAAGAAGGACGCCAGUCCUGUUGGGAAGAAGACUGAGGUGGUGGACAACACGGGUGCUGUGACAGUCAGAGGUCUCAGCAACCUGGGGAACACUUGUUUCUUCAAUGCCGUUGUACAGAACCUGUCCCAGACCCAGCUCCUGCGGCAGAUUCUUUGCAGUGUCACAAAGGAGAAAAGGACAGCGACUCUAACGCCCAACGUCGCCUCUGGACUGGAGCCCAUGGAGGUGCAUCUGGCUCAGCCUGGCUCCCUCACGCUGUCCAUGUGGCAGCUGCUUAACGAGAUCCAGGAAACCAAGAAAGGGGUCGUCACGCCACGCGAGCUGUUCACUCAAGUGUGUAAAAAGGCUGCUCGGUUCAAAGGCUUCCAGCAGCAGGACAGCCAGGAGCUGCUCAGGUACCUGCUGGACGGGAUGAGGGCAGAAGAAAUGACAAGAUUUAAGUGUGGCAUUACAGAGGCCUGGAAAAGUUCGGGAAAGAAUGCAGAGUCUGAGGAAUCCAAGACACUAAUGAGAAACUAUGAGAGAAAUGGAGCCCUCCGAAACUUUGUUGACCAUGUGUUUGGGGGUGAGAUGACCAGCACAGUGAUGUGUAAAGAAUGCAAAACGGUUUCAGUUGUGACAGAAAUGUUCCUGGACUUGUCACUUCCUGUUUCAGAUGAGGCAUUCAGGAAAAAGAACCAGAAGAAAGGUGCAGGUGCUCAGAGGAGUAGCAUCAGUGAUGACGCACGGGACAGCAGUCCCCCUCCUCUGUUGACCAAUGGGAAAGAAGAUAUGCCUACGGGGGCGGGCUCUAAGUACCAGCAGAAGAAGGCUAAGAAGCAGGCCAAAAAACAAGGAAAGAAUCAGCGGCGGUCACAGAAGCAGGACGGGAAGGGCACGUUGGAUGAUAUGAGGAGUCAAGAGGAGGAGGAUGAGGAAGAAAGCGGAGGUGGGGGAGGUGGAGGUGAUGCUCCAGAGGAGUCGCCCCUACAGCCACAGGGCCUGCCGGGUGCCAAGGAGGAGGAAAGGGUGAAGGAGGAGGAGGAAUCUCCGAUGGACACGGACCAACUGUCAGCCAUAGAUCACUCCGAGCAGGGCCAGGAGAAACGGGGCCAUCAGUCGUCCAAGGGCGUGGAGGAAGGUCAGCAACAGGAGUGUGAGGAUGGAGAGCAAGAUGGAGAGAAGAAGCAGCAGGAGGAGAAGGAAGAGGAGGAGGAUGAAGAGGAGGAAGACUCCAGCGCAGACGUCUCCGCAGUCAGCAAUCGAUUCACAGCGCUGGCUGACGACCAGAGCUCCGAGACGGAGAAGAAUAAUAAUGAUGAUGAUGAUGAUGCCGGCGGCUCCAAGGAGAGACUUGAGAAGGCAGACGAAGACAUGGAGAAGGAGAAGCAGGAGGAGGAGGAGGAGGAGAAGGAGGAGGAGGAGAAGUUGGCCGAGAAGAUAAACCACUUGACCUUGAACGGAACCACGGAGUCUGGCGAGACCGAUGCUGCUGGUGCCGAGAACACAAACGGAGACGCGCGUUCUAGUGAGUCUGAUGGUGCUGGUAACGAGACCCAGAACGGGGAUAGAGGGGACGGCACCGAGACCCAGGACGAAAAGGAGGAGGAGGAGGAGGAGAGCCCCGAGUACACGGUGGUGCACCAGGACCCUGAGACUGCCUUCCACACCCUGGCUCCCAGGACGGCGCCCGACAAGCAGGAGUGCUCGGUGCAGUCCUGCCUCUUCCAGUUCACCGAGGUGGAGCAGCUGACGCAGAGCAACAGCCUGCUGUGCGUCACCUGCACCAAACGCCAGCGAGCGCCCAAAGACUCCCAAGGUGCCAAGAAGAACGUGUACAGAGACGCUCUGAAACAGAUGCUGAUCUCCGCUCCUCCACCUGUGCUGACACUUCACCUGAAGAGGUUUCAACAGGUGGCCUACAGUGUAUGCAAGGUGAACCGUCAUGUCCAGUUUCCUCAGCUUCUGGAUUUGGCGCCAUACUGCUCCGUCAGUUGCAAGAACGUGUCGGAGGGAAUGACCCAGGUGCUGUACGGCCUCUAUGGGAUUGUCGAACACAGCGGCACAAUGAGAUCAGGCCACUACACGGCCUACGUCAAGGCUCGGCCCUCAUGUCAAAGCAUGACACCCAACGGGGUAGCCGCCACCACACCAGGUCACGGUGAGCCGCCAAAAGGAUCCUGGUUCUACAUCAGUGACUCCAGUGUACAGCCGGUCUCGGAAGCCAAAGUGCAAAGCUCGCAAGCCUACCUCCUGUUCUACGAGAGGAUCUCCUAAUACAUAAGCUUACAAUCUCCUCUUCGACAGUGCCCAAAGCCAGAACAAGAACUACUGCUGCUGCUUUUGCCACACUAUCUCGGGCGAACAGACAGACAGACAGACAGACAGACAGACAGACAGACAGACAGACAGACAGACAGACACAGACACAGACACAGACACAGACACAGACACAGACACAGACACACACACACACACACACACACACACACACACACACACACACACACACACACACACACACACACACACACACACACACACACACACACACACAGAAACUAUUGACCCUGUAGUAAACUGGAAGUUUCAGUGGAGCGAAAGAAAAAAAAAAAAACAGCCCAACAUGGGAUAUGUUGUGUGGCAUCACAAGACUGCUGUGUGGUGGGCAGAGGUGUAGUUCAUUUGGCUGGUUUGUUAUGCAUUAGAACAAAUUAAACUGUUUUGCUUGGGUCACCUGGUCCAAAAAAACAGCAAGGGAAUUUGAUUGUUCAUUUAACACAUGCCUGUUAAAUGAAGUGAAUUGCUCCUCCUUCUUGCUGAGUCUUGGUCUGUUUUAUUUACAGUCCUGGUUACGCAAACAGGAACUGCUAAUGCAUUUACAUGCACUGUGAAGACAAAAAAGAAACUGUGUACCCAGCUAAAACUGGACAUGCUACAUGUUACUGUGGCUGAGAUUAGCACACCUUAAGAGUCUGGCAAUACAACUUGAAGUCAGUUCCAUGUGCACCACAUGCACCAAUGGCAUUGACCGUAGAGGCCUCCAGGUGAAAUGCAGUGCCUAAGAGAACUCGUUAUUACCACAGCGUAUAAAGGUCUGUUCAUAGCUUUCUCUAACCUGAAACUAAAUAUUUUAUACAGAUGUAAUUUAUCAAAUAAUUAAUCUUAUCAGUAGAUGAUAUUUUGGCAGAAUUGCAAAAAAAAAGGUCUGACGGAGGGUAUAUAUUGUUUUUCUUGACAAUGAUCACUGCAUAACUGAAAUGAAUGACUGGUUUAUUUUGGUGCAUUUAAUUUUGUGAGGAGACUUGGUGGGCUAUGCACCCCCAAUGCCUUCCUAGAUAUUUCUCAUUUGUAUGUGAUUUUAUCUAAAAUACAGAGGAGCCAUUGCAGCCUUGUGUGAAGCAGUGACUGUAAGUGUACAGUCUGUGAUGUGAACAGACAUUCAUUUAAUGUUAUGGUAUAACCCCAGCAGAAGGUUGCCUGGGAACAGGAAGGAGGCCAGCUGAAAUGAUAGAACAUGUUUUGUUUCUUUUUUUUAAACAAGCAAGCUAGAGGAAACUUUCUAGUCCUUUACAGAAGGAUGUCAAAAACUAAUAUUUGAUCUAAUUUUUGGCAGUUUUUUCUUAUUUGUUUUGCUGUUUGCUAUUGGCUUUGGCAAGGAAUUUGCUGCUACGACCUUUCCUCUUUCUUUUUGCUGGAGCAUCCUUUUUGCUCCUUUUACCUUUGACUUGACAAAACUGUGGAAUCACUUGAAUCGAUGUCUUGCACCCCAGCAAGUAUUUCUGCCAAUAAGUCAGGAUUUUUAUGUGUUUGACAUAGAAAGUGAGAUACGCUUUAGAAAUCUUGUGGAAAAAGCGGUUUUAUUUUUGUUAAAAGGUCUGACAUUCUCCAUUCUUACAUGCCUGCACCCUCAUGAUUCUUCUUGGAAAUGAAUGGUUCCUUUUGCAAGUCCAAUAAAAGCCAUAAGGUAUUGUUUACCAAGUCCUGUUGGUGAGGCGACUGGUAUUUCCACCUCUUCUCUCACAAAGACUACCAGAAUGUUUCCCUACAACAUGUCAGGCAUUGAACAUACCUGUGGUGGUUGUGUAAAUCAGCAACAUGCUGUAUAAUGGCACUUCAGUAAGAUGGUUCUAUUGGUAGUGCUUGGGAUUUUGUGAAAUAUUUAUUCAUGUAUAUUGUAUUUUGUAUUGUUUUUUUUUGCCUUGCCUAAUGCAAGUAGGCUACAACAAUAAUAAAAAGUUAU